AUGCCGCCCACUCUUGACCUCAGUCGCACUUCGCACUCCAAGAUGAUUGUCUCGCCGCCGCGGAUCAACCUGAGGAGGGCAGCAUCAUACACUAAGGACGGUGGUCCUCUCUCCUCAACCUCGUCACGCUUCGGCUUUAACCAUCUCAUCUUCGCCUCACCACCGCCUUCUCCCGGCCUGCCCCAGCUCGUGCCAAGGCCCAGGAAACCUUCCAACACUCCGCGCCCCAGUCGCGUGUUCCGCUUCGUCUUCUGGCUAUGUGGGGUUCUUCUACUAUUCUAUCUCGCCGUGUCCUUCGUCCGGCAGGGUCAUGUUGUCCCUAUCAUGGGCUGGGCCAGCCAUCCUCACGAUGAGUAUGAGAUGGUGGCGCAAGAUGACCUGCCGGACUUUCCUACCCCGAUUGUCAUCACUGACAAGCGAGGGAGGGCCAAAUGGACCGUGUCUAUCCCGCCCACUUACGGCUUCCCGCUGAGCCUGGAGGAGUCAGCCGACGUUGUGGCAAAAUGCGGAGAGGUCUCUCAGAGAGUAGACGCUCUGCAUCACAACGGCCACAGCAUAUCCGACAUCAGCCUUGUUGGCAGCGAGCACAAGGAUCGCUACUUUUUGGACGUCCAGGAGGCGGAGGAGAAGGGGUUCCUGUCUGGCAAGCCAGAAAAAGCUCAAGCUGCUAUGGGCGAGAAGCCUGUUUGCCAGAAGAGUCUCACGUACGUGUUGGAGUCGGCAGAUGCCGGCUUCGGGAGGACGUUGAUGACCUUGUGGAUGGCGUACGGCCUAGCCCAAAAGGAGGGCCGCGCAUUCUUCGUGGACGACACCCGGUGGGCCUACGGAGAGUACAGCGCGAUAUUCGACCCGCCUCCCGUCCCAGCGUGCCGGCCGCCGCCUCAUCAUGAGAUGCUGUUGUGUCCCCGGCAGGCCCGCCAUCUGGUGGUCUCAUCGGCAAACACUAAAACUGUCUUCGGCGAUAUGUUUGGCGAGUCGGAUGAUGAUAUCCACUCAAACCAGAAGGCCAUGUUCGAGCUCGCUCAUCAAGGCUACAAAGCCUUGUUUCAUCUCAACCAGAUGGAUCGUGAAUACGUUGUCAAUCGUGUCCAAGAACACAAGGCGAAAACCCAGGCCGCCGAGGGGCAUGCUCACAAUGGAGUAAUCGUCGGCGUACAUGUCCGUCAUGGAGAUCUCCACCCGUCGGAAUACCAGUACCACGGGUCAUACAUUCCCACAAACAUUUAUACUGAGCGAGCGCGCGAGAUUCUGAACACCACCUUUGAGCUGCGCGGCGCCCAUAGAGGCGAAGACAAGGUGGCAAAGGACCACUCUCUCCUCGUCCUCGCAUCUGACGACCCCAUGGUCUUCGAUUCUGAGGAGUUCCGCGGCGCGACGCCAGCACAGGAGCUCAUAAGGCUUGCUAGCAAGACCACCAUUCAGCAGGUCAACCCCGACAGAUCUGUUAUGCACAAAUAUGUCGACGAGACCUUUGGUUGGGAAGGUGGCUUCUUCGCUGCCAUGUUUUGGAACCUGGGCUUGUCCAGCGAGAGCGCAGUCAGCGCUAACAAAUCUCCCGAGGCGAAGAAUGUUCCUUCGUCUGAGACCGUGCGGCUGCGGAGCUUGGUCGGGCGAGCCUACAUGAUGGACCUCGCGGUCCUGGCUGAUCUGAGCGACGUGGUGAUAUGUACAGUAAGCGCCAUGGGCUGCCGGCUGCUCGGCGUCAUGAUGGGCUGGGAGCGCGCCAUCCACCAUGGCAAUUGGGUCAAUGUUGACGGACAUUUGGAGUGGUCCGGCGUUGCCUGGUGA